AUGGAGGAAUGGGAGGAGAAGAAAAACUUGGAGGAGAGGGGGGAUGGGUGGGUUCAAGGGGUGAAAAAUACAGAAUGGGGAGGUAGAGGAAGGGCAUGUGGGGGUGGGGGAUUGGUUUGGGAGUGGAGUGGUCAUGGGGGAAAGGGAGGAGAAGAAAAUGUUGGAAAAUUUAAUAUUAACUAA